AUGAGCGCCAUCCCAUCAACAGACGCCGAAUGGGCGCAAAAGAUAGCCAAUAUGAAGGAGAAACUGCCGAAACCCUCGCUGUCCCAGCCGCCAAUUCCAACACAAAUCAACCGCACAAUAGACCACACCCUCCAGGUGAGCCCAGUUGAAGACGCACAGAUCGACGCGCUGUGUCAAGAAGCCCUUAAAUACGAAUUCGCCGCCGUGUGCGUGCGACCCGAGCACGUCGCCCGCGCAGCAAGCCACGUCAAAGGCAGCAACACAGCGGUCGCAUGCAUAGUGGGCUUCCCGGAGGACGCGCACAAGACAGCCGACAAAGUACGCGACGCCAAAGAGGCCGUUGCGCAGGGCGCCACCGAGCUCGACAUAGUGAUCCGGUACAACCUGCUCAAAGAGGGCCAGUACACGGAGGUAUACACGGACAUCUAUGCGGUGCGUCAGGCUGCACCGUCGCCAAUCGUCCUCCAGGCGAUUCUGGAGGCGUCGACGCUUGAGAGGGAUCAGCUUAUCGAUGCGACGAUCGUGUCGUGUAUGGCUGGUGCAGACUUUAUCAAGACUAGCACGGGCCGGGAUGGCGGUACGAGUACUGAGCAUGUUAAGCUAAUGCACUAUGCGGCGGAGAUGUGUAGGUGCUCUUGCAGGAUCAAGGCUAGUGGCGGUAUACACAAUGCUCUGACUCUGUUACGCAUGCUUAAGGCUGGAGCAUAUCGCAUUGGAACUACUGACGGGGUUAAGAUCAUGAUGGAGAUCGAUGAGGGGGAGAUUCUUGAACAAGGAUCUGGCCAUGCGGUGGCUUGA